AAUAACAAUAAUAAUAUUGAUAAUAAAUAAAGGAUAAUCAAACAUAAAAAUUUCAUUAAUCAAGAUCCAAAUCAUUAUUUAUUUUCAUUCAACCAAGUCAUCUUAUUUAUAUAUUUGCAGAUAAUUAUUUAAACAAAAUGAAAUUUAGAUUUCUUGGUGAUGGUGAUUGCCCAGAUUGGCUGCUUGCUGAAAUAAAUUCUCUCUCACGAAUGACUUCAAUUAAAAUGAAAUUAUUGGGACAGAUGAUUGUGAAAUUAAUCAUAAAUGAAGAUCAGCUAGAUGAAGAUAAAGUUAAAAAAUUAACACAUGAUGCAAAACUUGAUUUCGAUGAUGCAAAAGCAAUAAUUGCAGCAAUAGAAUUAAUAUUAACAUCAUCAGUAAGAUACGGUGUUAAUGCAACAGACUUAAGUAGUGAGCUUCAACAACUUGGUCUUCCACGAGAGCACAGUGUUGCAUUGGGAAAACUUUAUACUGAAAAUUUUACUCGUAUUAUGGAAUCACUGAGCUCUCGUUCACUUCGAUUGAGCCGUCUAGCAUCAGUUAAUGUCAUAUCAAGUGAUAAAGUUUUUGUAAACUUAUCACUUGUAUUAAAAAAUAAAAAUAACCAGGAAAUUGAAAAAUUUGUCAACCUGUCAAAAAGUGAUGUUCCUGUUAUUCUUACAGAAAUGAAGAAAGUCAGGGCAAUCAUGGAUGGUGUAUAGAAAAUUAUUAAAUCAAUCAAUCAACUUUAUGAUAAAUAUUUAUAAAAAAAUCAAUAGUCAAUUAUUAUUUAUCAUUAUUUAAUUAUUAAAUUAAAACAAUCAUCAAAUUUGAUACUUAAUUAUUCGUUGAUAAAUUAUAACGAGAACAAUUAAAAGAUAUUGAACGAAAAAAAAAACAAAAUAACAAUUAAACAAUAAACAUUCAGAGAAUGUAGUUAAUUUAAAAAUUGAUAAAUAAUAUUUUUUUUAUUAAUACAGAAUUAAAAAAAAAAUGAAUAAACUAUUUAUUAGUUGUAAAAAUUUGAUGGCUUUAAGGCGUUUUUUAUUUCGCUUUGAUUAUUCAUUCAAACGUUGCAGAUAAGAAAAAUGAAACAUUGAAAUAAUAAUAGGUAAUAUUAAAGGAAAAAAAAAAAAAAAUUGAUAGUAUAAUGGUUUAAUGAUUACACCAUGAAAUAACUAUUUCGAUAAAAAAAAGUAUUAAAUUUAAACUGCUCAUUUAAAAAUCAAUUAAUAAUUUACCAAAUUGCGUUAUACAUUUUUUUUUUACGUUCAAAUAAUAAUAAAAUAAAAGCAUUUUGUAAAUAUCAUAUGAAAAUUCAAUUUAUUUAUAUAAAUGGCAUGUUGUAAUUUAUAAAUUUCAAUGAAAAAUAUGUUGGAUUGUAAGUCACGUCUCUGUGUUGCACGUAGAAUUCAAUAAUUCAUGUUAAAAGUUCCAUUAAAAAAAAUACACUAAUCAAUUAUAGAUUUAAUUUUUAAAUAUAAAAUUUAAAAAUUUUUAAUUAUUGAUAAUUUCGAUACCUAAAAAAAAUAUCAAAUAAUCUUUAUUGCUUUUUAUUUUAAAACAAAAAAUUCCUUAGUUAAUUGUUCCCAAGACAGCAGCAUGAAAAAACGAGAAAAUUUCGUCAAAGAAAAGUCGAAACAAGCUGGGCAAAUUAUUGGUAGAAAAAAUUUGGAGAAAUAUUUUUUAUCACAAAUUACAAACUAAUGUUGAUUUGAAUUAAAAAAAAUUAUUAUUUAAAAAUAUUAUGAAAUAUUAAUAAUUUUUAAUAAAUAAUCAAUUAAUUAUCAUCAAGAUUUUUGUACACUUUUAUUUCGCAAUAAAUGAAUAUACAAAGUUUA